ACACCUUUUCACUCUUCUUCCUUCUCCUUUCAGGCCUCUUCCAUGCGUUUCGUUCUCCUAGCAUCUCUGGCUGGGAUCGUACGAUCUCAAGUCACAGUCCAUUACGUCCUUGGGCAAGAACCCUUUGCGACGACCACAGCGGAUUCCUCAGUGUACACUGGCCUCAAUGCCUACACGCCUCUUGUGCUAAACCCACCACCGCCACCUGACCCCGCGCCUGCUACCGCGUUUUUUAUUCAGCUUGUUAAUGGGGGUACACCAGGGGCAUCGAUUCCACAGCCUGGCCAGUUCUUUGGAUUUUCUAUCGAAAUGUCGGUAGCGAAUCAAGUUCUCGGAAAAAAUUCGUCGCUAUUACAAGUCCCUUUCUUGAACCUUAUGGCAAACAUACAGGAAAGAUCUGGAGGUGUACGAGUACGCGUUGGUGGAAAUACACAGGAAACGGCGAAACUGGUUCCCGAGUUGUCCGAUGGCAAGAUCCUGGAGAAGAACUUGAGUCAGGCCACGAAUCCUACUCAAACGCCACCUCUUGUAUUCACUCCAGAUCUUCUUUACAUGAUGGCAAAUAUUACGUCCCUGGUCAAUGUUCAUUGGUUCAUUGGAAUUCCAUUCUUCCAGACUACGCCUUUCGAUCUGUCAAUAGCUGUCACAGGCCAAGAAAUUCUAGGAGACGCGCUUAUCGGUAUCCAGGCUGGUAAUGAACCCGAUUUCUACGUCGCUCAUGGUCACCGUCCUUCGACGUACAACCAAUAUGACUACUUUGGAGAGUUUAAUGAUUUGAUAGCAGCCAUGAACGGUUCGGAAAACGAUAUAAAUCGGCACUUGCUUAUCGGACCAAAUACUGCCGACCAGUGGUCUCAACAGGACAUCUGGAAUACUGGUUUUGUCGAUGCAUAUCAUGACAACCUAGCAUACCUCGCAUUCGAAAGGUAUCCGCAAGAUAACUGUGCUGCUACAUUUGAUGAAGGCAGUGCCAUUGAUCCUCAGCAGAUGUUCCCAUACUAUCUGGAUCAUAGUGCGAGUGUCAAUCUGGUUGCGAACUACCUGAACUCGACCGCCUAUGCCCAAAGUGAAGGGAAAGAAUUGAUCAUGUUCGAAACCAACACUGCAUCCUGUGGGGGCUUUGCGGGCAUCAGCGAUUCUUUCGGAGCAGCUCUGUGGGGACUUGACUAUGCCUUGCAAUUGGCUUACGCCAACUUCUCGGGCGUUUUGAUGCACACUGGUGGACAAACAGUUUACUACAAUCCUUUUACCGCUCCGCCAACAAAUGAAUCAACAUAUCAUCAGUGGACGGUUGGACCCAUCUAUUACUCCGCUUUGAUUAUGGCAGAGGCUCUUGGCCCAUCUAAUACAUCGCAAGUGCUGGACAUCGGUGCAAACGGGGGUAAUAUAUUCACCCCAGGAUAUGCAAUAUACGAACAAGGCACACCUGCUCGCCUUGCCUUAUUUAACUUCAUCACUGAUUCAUCUGGUGCCCAUGAUUACUACGCAACCUUUUCUAUCGGAGGCGGAAACACUGGGCAAUCCAACGGAACACCGGCUCAGGUCAAAGUGAAAUACUUCAGAGCUUCGUCUGUGUCUCAAAAGGGUAAUCUCACUUGGGCAGGCCAGACCUUUGGUGACAAUUUUGCCACUGACGGGCGGAUUCAAGGAGAAGAGGACAUCGAAACUAUCGGCUGUGACCAGACUGGAAAUAUAUGUUCUAUAUAUGUUCCUGCACCGGGUUUUGCGCUCGUGUUCUUGACAGACGAUGCGCUUAGUGAAUCUGAAGGAGGAGGAGAAGCGCAGACAUUUCCUACGACAACUGUGACAAAAAUGGACAACACGGCCACCGUAGAUCCAGCAGUUCUGGCGACGUCUAAUGGGCACCAUGCGGCGGUAGAUGGGCUGGGAAGUACCAGUCGAGGGAGGAACAAUGCUACGAACAAACUAUUGUAUACUUCCUUCUCAUAUUUAUACGUUUGUGCUAUGAUGCUGGUGUAUUUCGUCUAGAGAUGGUCUCAUAUUAUCAUUAUUGCGUUGGACACUUGAUCGUUUUACGUAUCAUAGGACUCUUCUAUUCUAAGACGACAGUAUUUAUUUUCUUUUUGCUGGAGUGGUGUCAGAUCUUUUUCUUCGCUUCGUUGCUAGGAAAUGCAGAUAUGCCAGACUGUAUUUCGGAGUCGGAGCUGGCGUCACAUUCAUGGGGGGCGAAGCA